CUGUUGCCAUUGAUUGUGGAGCGUUGAAGCCUUCCAGACGUGGUUCAAAAAGCCCCAGAUUACGAAGAGGGCGCUAUCAACAGAGUGUUAUAUAAGUUUGGGCGCCGACAAGCCCCCAGAAAUUUUUGAUUAAUGAUUAUAAAUAGAAUUUCUUGCGUAAAAUAUUAUAAAUAAACGUAGUAAUUUGAGUGAAAGACCUGGUUUAGCGAGAUGGCCGACAGACCGCAGAAUGCGAAGCAGCCAAAACCGCUGAGGCCCGUGACCAAGACGGCCGAUCCGAUAAUCUCGCAGAUCGGCGACUUCCGGCGCUACCAGCUCUUCUUCUUCUUAAUCAUCGUGCUGUGCAAGUUCGGAACCGGAUGGCACACCCUGGGCCACAUUUUCCUGGCCGCCCCCACGCCCCUGUCGUGCACCACGGCCAACGUCACGGAUCCCUGCAGCGACGAGUGCUCGGAGACGGAGUUCGACACCAGCGUUUUCCAGUCCACGAUCAUCACCGAGUGGGACCUAACCUGCGACAAGAAGCAGCUGGCCAGCAUGUCCCAGUCCCUCGUCAUGCUGGGCGUUCUGGUGGGCAGCUUGGUUUUCGGCACCUUAGCCGACAGAUUUGGUCGCCGACCGAUGUUUCUGCUCAGCUGUUUCAUGCAGCUGGUCACUGGACUGAUCGUCUGCGUGUCACCCUACUUCUGGUUCUACUGCCUCUUUCGAUUCCUGGUGGCGGCGGCCACGGCGGGUACGAUGACCAUCAGCUUCGUCUUGCUCAUGGAGAUCGUGGGGCCCAAGAAGCGCGAAGUGAUAGCCAUUUUCUACCAACUACCCUUCAACAUCGGCCACGCCUCCCUGGCCGUGUUCGCCUACUACAUUCGGGAGUGGCGAUGGUACCAGUUCAGCAUCACCAUCUUCUCGGGCGUGUUUGUGAUCUACUUCUGGCUGGUGCCGGAGUCCCCGCGCUGGCUCUUCACCACCGGCAGGGUGGACAAGUCCAUCAAGGUUCUGGAGAAGGUGGCCAAGUGCAACAGGGCGCCGACGGAAACGAUCCGGCCGGAAAUCGAGGCGGCCUACGCAGCCCUGGCCGCCCGCCAGCCGGUCAAGAAGGGCACCGUGCUGGACCUGUUCCGGACGCCCUACAUGCGAAUCAAGACCAUCUGCAUGGCCAACAACUGGCUGGUGGUCUGCAUGGUUUACUACGGCACCGCGCAGUACGUCUCCAAGCUGGGCGGCAACAUCUUCAUCAGCAACCUGAUCGCCGCCGUGGUGGGCAUUCCGGGCACAUGCAUCUGCGUGGUCAUGACCAAGUACCUGGGGCGCAAGAAGACGCUGCUCCUCUCCAACGGCUGCAGUGCCCUGGGCCUGCUCCUCCUGGCCGCUCUCUCCACCCAGGGAGAGGUCGUCCGUGUGGCGUGCGCCACCAUUGGCCUCUUCGGAGCCUCGGUCACCUUCCCGAACGUCUAUCUAUAUGGCGCCGAGCUGUUUCCCACGGUGGUGCGAUCGAGUGGAGUGGGUCUGUGCUCCAUGAUCGGCAGGGUGGGUUCCAUUGUGGCCCCCUUAAUAGUCGACCUGGACUCCUAUGCCCUGUGGAUAGCGCCCCUCAUCUUCGGGCUGUUCUCCGUGCUGUCCAUGGUCGGCACUAUUUUCAUUCCGGAGACACGGGGAUCUCCGCUGCCGGAGACCCUGGAGGAUGGCGAGAACUUCGGCCGCAGGAAGAAAGCGGAGGCAUAGGGCCUUUCGGGCAGUGCAGCAAAUCGACGCCAAGGCGAGAAUUCAUAAUUUUCGGGCCCAGCUAAACUGCUGUUGCCUGGGCUCCAAAAUUAUUAUAUUUCGACUUUGGUUGCGAUUUAUACGAUGCGAUAUGUCAGUCACCGCCGAACUGCCGUUCGUGCCGCAAACUAGAGGCGAAUGAAAAAAAUUGAAAAAUCUAGCGAAUGCAAAAGGUAAUUACCGCGGAGUAACUUCAACUUCGUGAUUAUUAGAACUGGGUUAACCGUCUGAAUCCAGCUCGGCUGCUGUUCUCCAACUGGUUUAAUGUCGAGGUGCAAAGCAGCCAAAUGGCUAACUGCAAACCCGCCAAGUGACUGGGAAUGCAAACUUCGCAUGUGAACCCAAUCGAUAGUACCUAAGACCCCUGAAAUUAUAAAGUAGAACCCACGGAAAUGUGGGAAUAAGGUAAAUUGCAUCUCUUAAGUUAUCUGCAGUCAAAACCGAGGCUCUUCCGUGGAACAUCCCUCAUCUGUCGCUAAAGGCCUGCAAAUUCUGGAAUUUAACAUUAAUUGUUUUGUAUCAUUUAUAGCUUACAAGGAAAAUAAAAAAGAUUCAUAACGUCAGUAAUUUAAAAACCAAUA